CUUUGCUCUUUGUCGACGUUCACCCUUCGCGCCGCGCGUCUGGCGUGUUUUUUUUUAGCUCAAGCCUCAAGGCCAGAGAUGCACAGACUUAACCAGCGCGAGUCGGGAGAUUACUCAGACCGACCCGUGGGCAUCAGAAGAUCGCCCCUUAUUCGGCCCAGCCGCGUCCUGAUGACUGUAAGGCCUGAAAAAAGCACAGCCCACAAAGCUCGACCUAGCGGCCUGUAAGACACUAGCAAGCUGGGUAAGCUUGGCUGGGCCAUCUGGCCAGGCUAGGCACGUACCACGCUCACAAUUACUUCUGCCGCUCCCUCGUUUCACUGGUCGACACGCUCUUUGAGCCAAUCCAUCGCUGCGGACACUGCAGGCCUAGCAAAGCCAAGGACCCCUCGCCGCGGAGCCGCAGCAAUGCCGCCGGAAGACGCAACAACGCGCGCGCGCGUCGAACAUUUAUUAGGACGCCGCCUGCGCUUCACGCUGCGGAGCGACGCGAACGGCGAGCGCGACGAGCGCGUCGUGACGGGCACGUUUCAAUGUUUGGACCGCCACCGCAACUUUAUACUGCGGGACGCGUCGGAGCUGCGCAUCUUUAAAGUAGGGGCGGGAAUACAAAAAAGGCGGCGCGCGCUGGGCGCCGCGCUGGUGCCGGGCCGGCACCUGACCAAGGUCGAGGCGCUCCGGGGCGAUUUGGACGCGGCCCGAGCCGUCGAAGACGGCCCGUUCCGCGGCGCCGUCGACCUGAGCUUGAGCGGUGUUGGCAUAAGCUAGAAUUGGUUAC